CCAUUGCUGAUCCCAAAUUUCAUGGCCCACUAAAUUUAACAGGUGGCUUGAGAUGAGUUCAGCUUUGAAAGCCUACUUCACUGGCACAGAUAUGAGUGACAAACUAUCUCGUACAAUGGCAGGAACUGGUUUCUCCACCUCCUGUCUUUCCUCUUCCAGCAACUUAGGGACAUGUUGGUUGGUAUUAAAAACUCACAAUGCAAGGGCCGUGCCAGGGAAACUACCUGGAACUGUAAGGAGAAGAUUGUCAUUAAUAAAAGCAGAAGUGAAGUAUGUGAACGCUGAAAAGGCUAAGGAACUUGUGGAAGCUGAUGGAUAUACUGUUCUUGAUGUGCGGGACAAAACUCAGUUUGUGCGAGCUCACAUAAAAUCUUGUUCUCAUGUGCCUCUUUUUGUUGAAAACAAAGACAAUGAUCCCGGUACUAUUAUAAAAAGGCAGCUGCACAAUAAUUUUUCUGGGUUGUUCUUUGGGUUACCAUUCACUAAGCCAAAUCCUGAGUUUGUGCAAUCUGUUAAGAGCCAGUUUCCGCCUGAAAGUAAACUCUUGGUUGUAUGUCAGGAAGGACUGAGGUCUGCUGCAGCAGCAAGUAAGUUAGAAGAAGCUGGUUUCGAAAAUAUAGCAUGCAUAACAUCUGGCCUUCAAACUGUAAAACCAGGGACUUUUGAUUCUGUAGGGUCUACAGAGUUGGAGAAUGCCGGCAAAGCUGGCUUGGUGACAAUCCAAGGAAAAAUCUCAACUGUGCUGGGAACUAUUCUUGUUUGUGCAUAUAUAUUCGUUACCUUCUUCCCUGACCAAGCAGAGAAGCUAUUCCAAUUGGCCCCUACAGGCUAAGCCUAAUAAAUCCAUUGUAGUCUUUCUUGAUUUUGUUCUUCCUCACUCAUUAUGCAUUUAUGCAUGUAGCAUAAUUAAGGAACGUGUGAUUAGAAUUGAGGGGAAAAAACAUGAAAUGUGAAUAAAGUAAUGUAAGAAUUAGUAAUGUGAGUAUAUGGCUAUGAUGCUCAAGAAACCAAAUGGUUUAUAUCACUGGUAGUAUUCUCCAUUAAGCAAGAAGUAUACCCAUUUCCAUUGUUUAAGAUACCAGUUAUUUCGAAUUUACGUUCCUAGGGAAGUAUGUUGCCUUGUACUGGAUGGCAUAACCCGCUAGAUUGCCUUCAUCUGUACUUACAAAUGACUUUGUUGACACAUUUGAAUUUUGAAUCCUCUAAUGAGAUUGUAUUAAAUGUAUA